AUGUCUUGGCCAAUUGAUGUCAGUAUGGAAGAAAUACCGCUGGAAGAUGAUGAGCGAGACAGCAUAGAAUACAAGAUCCUAAUGGCCUACGCCCAGCGGCGGUUGUCUGCCAGUAAAUAUGGGAAACUUCUGAAAAAUGAGGCUAAUGUGCAGAAAUCAUCGUCCUUAAUCAGGAGAAAAGUAAAGAUUGACCAUCAAAGGGAUAGAGAUGGACCAAGCCAAAGACCAGUUUUGCAGUGUGGUGUGAUGCAACAGCACAGCAAAAAGCAACCGAAAAGAAAAUAUUUCCCAGGAUAUUGUCUGCCUUUUCUCUGCAGCAGAGCAGAGCAGGAAAAGCCCUCAACGCUGUCAUGGCACCGAGGUGACAUAGCACAUUUGUCCAUUUUUGAGACACAGUCUGAGAGACUUCAAGAAGGGAAUUCUCAGCAUCAGACAAGUGAAACAGCAGAUGUCAACCACAUUGCAGACAAACUUGCCAAGCUUGUUACUUCCAGAUCCCAGGAACCUCCUUCAGAUGUUUCAUUCAAGAUGAUUUAUCAAAGCGCAUGCCAGAAACAAGGUGGUGGUGAUCCUACUGAUGGAAGUGAGGGCAAGGAACAUGAUGAAGAAAAGAUAAUACAAACAAUAGUUUCACUGUUGAGACAAUCAGGGGACCGACUAGAAGAAAAGAUCAAAAAGGACACGGUUUUGUAUCAGCAUUUUAAAGACAUGCUGUCCUACACCUUCUUCGAGAGGAUCACUGAUUUGUUCCUGGAGGAUGUCUCAGCAGAUUCAGCAAGUGAGCCAGGAGGCCAAGUACAAUGCACAAAAGUUGCCUUUACAAUGGAAGUUGCUACCAGACUUACUGCUGUGGACAACCAUCCUAUGAACCUGGUCUUGGGCUUUGGAUUAAAGUACCUCAGAGAACACUUCAAGCCAUGGAUUCAGGACCAGGGUGGCUGGGAGAAGGCUUUGACGUCACUGGAUCAGGAAGAAGUAGAGUAA